CUUUUAUUCAAUACGUGGUUACCGCCCUUUUUCACUUCAUCUUCUUGCUUAUUCCUUGCAGGCUAACAAAGAUUUGCUGUUUCUAAUCAAAACCAGCACCAUCAAAACACAGCAGCUCAAAUUCCAUUUCUUCGUAGCAAGUUUACUUGCACCGGAGGAGGUAGCGUAGUAGCACUUUCUUCCUUCGGUAGUUUCCCCCACAAAAAAAAGUUGCGUCUUUUGGAUCUCUCAUGGCAUUUCAACCCAAAACCAAACCUAGGUCCUUGCCUAGGUCCAUUCCGACCGCCAAUAAAAAAGAAUACGGUGAAAUGAGCAUAUCCGACCUAGUUACUGUGCUUCGUACUGCGUAUAAAACUGAGGAUUUUGAUAAAAUUGAGCAAGAGUUGGUAAAGAGGGAAGCAAAACUUAGGGCGGAAAUUGGGCCACUCAGGGAGAAGAUUGAGCUGGAGAGGCUCGAGAGAAUUGAAGUCGAAGAGAGACUGAAAAUCAGAGAGGAGCAAUAUAAAAAGGGGAAGAGAGCCCAGAAUAAUUAUGAGCAAUUGUUGAAGGAAGUGAAAACAGGUGGCUUGGUUGAAAAACAUGCUAUUGAGGAGUUAAGGAAAAAGAACGUUGCUUUACAACGUGAAGUGUACGAGCUGAAGGAGUUCAGGAAGAAAAUGCUAGAUGAUGUCAAAUCUAUGAAUGAACUAAGGGACAAGAUCCGUGUGUUGAAGGGGGAGAAGGUUGGGGACAAGAAUGCUCUUGAUGUCCUUAUCAUGAAGAACAUUGAAUUGGAGGAAGCAGUUAAGAAGAAUUUGACUGUCAUAGAGGGGUUGAAGAAUGAAAAUGGUAAACUGACAGAGACAUUAUUUGAAUCUUUGGAGAGGAGAUAUAAGAAACUCCGUGUCAGUGAUGUGAAGUUGGAAGAGAGUACUAUGCCUUUGAUGAGUGAAGAUCCCUCUAAUUGUGGGAACACUGAAGUGGAGCCCAGUCUUGGAGCUUCUUUCGCUGUCAAAGAUGAAAAGGAUGUUAGUGACCACGAGCUUGAAAAUGACACUGGAGAGCCUAUUUAUUUACAAAGGGAUGAAGAUACUCAUUAUUCUGUUGAUACUGGCACUUGUCAGUCUCCCAAAAAAGGGAACAAGGAGGAUGCUGUAGGUGCAUUAGGGGUAACAUUCAAAUUGGAAAAGGAGAUCGUGGACCUAAGUGAUGAUGAAGAUGAUGAUGAUAAGUACACAUCACAAGGAUUGCAUGGAGAGAAAGCUAUUUCUCAAAUAAUUGAAGAAAAUGAAUAUCCACAAUGGGUUGAAAUUAUCAAAAGAAAACGUGCUUCUGAUAUUCAGGCUUCUACUUCCACAUCUACAUCCUCUGCUGAUUUAUUUGAAAAUGCAAAUCUCCCCGUAAAGAAAACGCCGAUGGCAACUCCCACACCAGGCACUCCUUUGCUUUCCUCACCAUCGUUGUCUCUCUCAUGGCAAUCUAGGUACUUGACUAGCCCACCAGCUUCUUUUCACAAUGCUACAAAGGUUUUAGUUAAGAAGCUUAGAGGCAGCACACGUUUGAGGACCUUGACAAGACGCAUCAAUGAAAAGAGGCUUCAAGUCUACAUUGAUGCAGCUACAGGGAGGCCAUCAGGUCCGAACCGGGUGACAUUCACUAGCUAUUUAGGUGCAUUGGCACGUGAGAAGGUGUCGAUUUUGCAUCCUUCAUGGGAUCAGGUGAAUGAAUCAACAAAGAAAUUGCUUUGGGAGGAUAUUUUGGCACACUUUGAUAUAGUACCAUCUGAAGCUGUCAGGGGGAAGACAUUAUCUUCAAUUGCAAGCAUGUGGAGACACUUUAAAACCUACCUCACUACGCGAUGGGCUUUGAAUGAGGACAAAAUUAACCGAGGAAUGACUCCAUGCAAUAUGUAUGGUAUCAAUGAGGAUACAUGGAGGCAGUUUGUACAGAUUCGGUCUACUGCAUCUUGGGAGAAAAAGAGAAAAAAACCUCAAGAAGUCCAAACGAAGAACGAUACUCCUCACCGGUUUUCUCGAGGGGGUUAUCAGGUAUUGGAGGAGAAAUUGAUGGCUGAAAAGAUCAAAUUAAGGGAAGAGCAUACAUCAGAAUGUGAUAUUGAGCCUCGGACAAACACUAGUCCCCCUUCUCCUCCUUCACGUCAUGUUAAAUGGAAGAGGGCUCGAAUGACAUCAUCAGGCCAAUUCACAUCAGAAUCAGCACUUCAAAUUGCUAAGCGCAUUGAUUCCCUGGAGAUGCAGUCCAAACAGGGUAUGUUUCAUCCCUCAGGGCAUCAAGAUAUACUUACUACUGCCAUUGGAUUUCAAGAACACCUUUACCAGUACAUCUGGUAAAGGUGUGGGAAUACGACUGUAUUUUGGACAUUGAACAAGGAAUGUUUUUGUCUGAAUCCUUUUCAUGCUCCUUUUCAUAGAUACAGUGAGAUGUUUUCCUAUGUAAAAUGAUGAAUGAGAACAUGUCACUAAACAUAGAUUACAGGGAUGCUCUGGAAUUUUUUGUGGGGAGUAUUUAAAAAUUUCAAUCAUACAAGGGGAAUGUAAAUUUAUAGAACUUGGAAAUGUUUAAGACAUGUAUAUAGCUAUUUUGAAGCAUUAUAAUGUUUCUCUAGUA